UUGAAAUUGUGAUUUAGUUCGUUAAAAACCUUGCCUUGAAUUUAAAAGAAAUUUUUUUAGUUUUUAGUUGUGUGUACUGGAGUGAGUGCCUUUCGUUGUUUGGAUUUAAAUAAAUUUUUGAAUCCGUGAAAUAUAUACGUGGACUGUUUAUGUGAUCAAAAGAAAAGGAUGUAACAAGACUGUGAAGACUGUGGUUAUUGCUACCUUGGUACAUAAAAUAUACAUACAAGCAAACGGCAUCAUGUGGGUUCGGCUAGGAGUAAAUUUCGUGAUAUUCUGCGUAAUUGCUACACAAAUAGAUGCUAUUCAUGAACCACCAUCAGGUGUACCGUCUUUCAUUAGAUCGUCCGUCGAAAGCAUUCCCGGGCCGCUAAACGAUGUUUCGGACAAAUUAAAAUUUUCGAUAAAUCCUACUUUUGGCUCAAUGUUCCUACCAUUACGUAGUGCUGUAGAGAGUGCACCAAUAACGCCAAUCCCAUCAGGAAAGUCGUUUAUUCGUGACUCAGUUGAAUAUCGUCCAGCUGAAACGGAAUCCAAACCAACACACGAUGAAUUCCGAGCAGAGCCUCCGCAGAUCGAUAAAAUUACUCAACUGGGUGGGAAAUAUUCAGCAUUUUACGUUCCAACCAGUUACGAUACGAAAAAUCCGCAACCGUUCCGUUUCGGUUCACCGUAUCAACAGAUCGUGGACAUCAGCUCCGUGAAUCAAAUCAGCAAAGAAGUUCUGAAGAAAUACAAACAAGAAAUUCAAUCCGAACAGUUGUCAAAACUGCGCGUGAAGAGUGUCAGGGACGAUGCGACAACGGGCUAUAAGGUUCUUUGUUACAUCACCAACUGGUCUUUUUAUCGCGUACCCGAGGGAAAGUUCGUUCCGGAAAAUAUUGACACAAAGCUGUGUACGCACAUCAUUUACUCGUUUGCCUCGCUUGAACCGGAAUCGCUUAUGAUCCGUGAAUUUGAUCCGUGGGCGGAUAUUGAAAACAAUUUUUAUAAACGAGCUACAUCUUUGGACAUACCGGUAUUGUUAGCGAUAGGCGGAUGGACCGAUUCGACCGGAAGCAAAUAUUCUAGGCUCAUCAGUGAUGAGAGCAAUCGCAAGAGUUUUGCCAGCAAUACGGCGAACUUCUUGAAGCGACAUGGAUUUAGUGGACUGCACUUCGACUGGAACUAUCCCAAAUGCUGGCAAAGCGAUUGUCGCAAAGGACCAGCAUCGGACAAGCCAAACUUUACGAAAUUAAUGCGUGACCUGAGACAAGAAUUCAAAAAGAGCGAUCUGUUGCUUGGUGUGGCCAUAUCCGGCUACAAGGAAGUAAUAACCGAAGCAUACGAAUUGCCCCGAUUGUCGGACUACGUCGAUUUUCUAACAGUUAUGACCUAUGAUUAUCAUGGCGGAUGGGAGUCCGAGACUGGUCAUGUUAGUCCUCUGUAUGGACGACCUGGUGACAAAUAUCCCCAAUAUAACACUGACUACACAAUGCAACUGUUACUUAAAGAAGGAGCUGCUCGUGAAAAGCUUAUUAUGGGCGUUCCAUUCUACGGCCAGAGUUUUAUGUUGAAAAACUCGCACACCAAUUUAGUGGGCGAAGGAACACCGUCCAGAGGGCCAGGCAAUGCAGGAGAGAUAACGAGACAGCCAGGAAUGUUAGCUUACUACGAAAUUUGCCAAAUGAUAAGAAAGCAAAAGUGGUUGAGCGGAAGAGACGGAUCUGGUAAAUCCGGUCCGUAUGCAACAUCAAGAAAUCAAUGGGUCGGCUAUGAGGAUCCAGAGUCCGUUGCAGUUAAAGCGAAAUAUGUGAUGAGCUCCGGUUUCGGUGGUAUAGCUGCGUGGACCUUAGAUUUGGACGAUUUUUCGAAUAAAUGUUGCAAUGAAGCUUUUCCACUGCUGAAGUCUAUAAAUCGAAUAUUCGGACGACUAAAUACCGCCAAGCCAUUCGGUGAAGAUUGCACGCCACCGCCACAACCAGUUACGCCAAUACCAGCCGAAAUGACAACAUUUGUUGAGGGCGGCGCAAUACAUGACCAUACGACGUGGCCUUCUUGGAAUCCAGGCUCAACAACAACAACAACCACAACAAGUCGAACAACCACAUUGCCGACGACACAAUCUUCAACACUAUCAACACUCGCUUGGUGGCAGUCGUCUUCAGAACAGUCCAGUACAUGGUGGCAGACUACCAUUUCUCCAUCAACUUGGUGGGCUACUACACCCACUGAACCAUCAACGACCACAGAAAUAGUUCCAAAUAUCCCUGCUCCAGUAAAUGUGAUGCCAAUCAUUGUGAAUGGCGAACAUUGCGAAAUCGGGGAGUAUAGACCACAUCCAAGUAACUGUAACGCCUACUAUCGAUGCGUUUACGGUCAACUCAGAGAACUCAAUUGUGCUGGUGGACUGCAUUGGAAUCAACGGGACAUGUUAUGUGAUUGGCCAGCUUCGGCUCUGUGUAUGCCAAUGUCAGACGAAUUAGUGGAAGAACCAAGUGAGGCAACAUCAUCAACAUCAGCGCCAACCACAACCACUCGUCGGUCAACCACUAGAAGAUCAACAACUACAAGACCGACAAGAUCAACAACUCCAAGACCGUCAAGAUCAACAACUACAAGACCGACAAGACCAACAACUACAAGAACGACCAGAUCAACAACUACAAGGGCUACACGAUCUACAACAACAAGGGCGACACGUUCCACAACUACAAGGGCGACACGUUCCACAACUACUAGAACGACACGUGCCACAACAACUAGGCCGUCACGAUCGACCACGCUGAGAACCACUACUCCAGGUCGAACAACAGUUGCAACAAUGUCAGAUAGCGAAACUUGCAUGUCUGGAGAAUACUAUCCACACAGCGAUUGCGGCAGUUUCUAUAUUUGUGUCAAUGGUAUGCUGAUACCACAGGAGUGUGGUCCAGACCUACAAUGGAACCAAAAUGAAUUGACCUGCGAUCAUAAAUCGAAUGUUAGAUGCGUCUCAACUGAACGAUAUUUGCGACUGGUCAAGAAAGCGAAGGCUUCACUAGACGAUCCGUGUGAAGGCGAUACACAUGUACCUUAUCCAGGUAACUGCAAUCAAUUUUUGCUCUGCUUACAUGGUCACCUCUACGGAGGUCAAUGUGGAGAUGGGUUGCAUUGGAGCACGCAACAUAAAAUUUGUGACUGGCCGAGUAAUGCUCAGUGUACUGAAGAAGAGGAUGGCAGCGAUUAUCUGUCCGAAGAGGUUGAUUCUGAUGGCGAGGACUUAUUUGUUAAUGAAAUCGUUCCGACAAAGAGGCCAACAACCACCACAACAACAAUUCGUACAACCGUGAAACCUAGCACUCCGCGACCACCAAUCGAACCCCAUUCCGGCCACUACAAAUUGGUUUGCUACUUUACCAACUGGGCGUGGUAUCGUAAAGGUGUCGGUAAAUACACGCCGGAUGAUAUCGACACCGACCUAUGCACACACAUUGUCUAUGGAUUUGCUGUGUUAGACUACUCCGAGUUGACUAUCCGAACGCAUGAUUCGUGGGCUGAUAUUGAUAAUCGGUUUUAUGAACGAGUAGCAAAGUUAAAGGAGAAGGGCGUGACGGUCAGUUUGGCACUUGGCGGAUGGAAUGACUCUCAAGGUGAUAAAUACAGUCGUUUGGUUCGUAGCCCUGCGGCACGGAAAAAGUUCGUCAAACAGGCUCUUGGCUUCGUUGAGAAGUAUGGCUUCGGAGGAUUGGAUUUGGAUUGGGAAUAUCCAGUUUGCUGGCAAACGGAAUGCAAAAAAGGUUUCCCGGAUGAAAAGGAAGGAUUUACAGAGUUGGUUAAAGACUUAUCCGUCGAAUUUAGACCGAGAGGAUUAGUUCUAUCGACAGCUGUGUCUCCAAGCAAACAAAUUAUCGAUGCUGGAUACGAUGUGCCAACAUUGUCUGAAUAUUUUGACUGGAUCGCUGUCAUGACAUACGAUUUCCACGGCCAAUGGGAUAAGAAAACUGGUCACGUUGCGCCACUAUAUUACCAUCCGGACGAUGAUAUCAGUUAUUUCAAUACGAACUUCUCCAUUCAUUACUGGAUGGAAAAAGGUGCUCCACCUCGCAAGCUUGUUAUGGGUAUGCCGCUCUAUGGUCAAUCGUUUACGCUUGCCGAUACCAAAAAUCAUGGAUUAAAUUCACGGGCUCCUGGACCAGGUCAAGCUGGUGAAGCUACUCGUGCUGCUGGCUUUUUGGCCUACUACGAAAUUUGUGACCGAGUUCGUAACAGAGGCUGGCAAGUUGUUCAAGACCCUGAAGGUCGAAUGGGUCCGUAUGCAUACAAAGACAAUCAAUGGGUUUCGUACGACGACAAAAAUACACUUCGAAGAAAAUCGCAAUUGAUUCGUUCGUUGGGCUUGGGCGGUGGAAUGGUUUGGGCAUUGGAUUUGGACGAUUUUAGAAACCGUUGUGACGAAGGCUAUCAUCCGUUGUUGUCGGAAAUCCAGAGAGUGUUACGUGAUCCGCCCAGGGAUGUUGAACCUGAUCCUUCAUUGUCUGGAGAGAUUGUAGAUUCUUCCGUUGAAAAAUUAUCGGAAAAUCCAGUGGAUUCAUCUGUAACGCCGCAAGAUGCCGACAAUAAUGAAGUGGGAAAUCCAGACGAAGAAAUAUCGAAUGAAACUGUACCCGAGGAAGUAGCUCCAGUCGACGAAGUAGUACCAGAAGAUGAAACAGCUUCUGAAGGUGAAACUGCACCGGAAGAAGAAGUUAUCGAAGAAAAUCUGGAAGAUCUUGACCAAACUUCUCACGAAGCAAUAGUUGAAGAAGGCCAUCCAUCGGAUGUCGAGACAAAUGACAUUCAACCCACUAAUACACUUAGUAAUGACUACAAAGUCGUUUGCUAUUUCACAAAUUGGGCUUGGUAUCGCCAAAGUGGCGGAAAAUAUGUCCCAGAAGACAUCGAUACCGAUCUGUGUACGCACAUCGUUUAUGGCUUUGCGGUUUUGGAUCGUGACAACUUAGUUAUCAAACCGCAUGAUUCGUGGGCUGACUUGGACAAUAAAUUCUACGAGCGUGUGGUCAAACUGCGGGCGAAAGGAGUUAAAGUAACGGUAGCUAUAGGUGGAUGGAAUGACUCGGCUGGGGAUAAAUAUUCAAGGCUUGUCAGAGAUCCGGCUGCACGAGCUCGGUUCAUAAAACACGUUGUUGAGUUUAUUGAUAGAUACGGAUUCGAUGGACUCGAUUUGGAUUGGGAGUAUCCAGUUUGCUGGCAGGUCGACUGUUCCAAGGGCUAUCCAGAUGAAAAGGAAUCUUUUGCUGCAUUCGCACAGGAACUACGACAAGAAUUCACGCCCAGAGGAUGGCUAUUGUCAACUGCAGUUUCGCCAUCAAAGAAAGUGAUUGAUGCUGGCUACGACAUUCCUAUUAUGUCCGACACGUUUGAUUGGAUUGCUGUUAUGGCUUACGAUUAUCACGGACAAUGGGACAAGCAAACCGGUCAUGUAGCUCCAAUGUAUCAACAUCCCGAUGACGUCGAGCCAACGUUUAAUGCCAACUUUUCGAUAAAUUAUUGGAUUGCAAACGGUGCUGACCCACAGAAGCUAGUGAUGGGAAUGCCAAUGUAUGGUCAGUCUUUUUCUCUGGCCGAAAACAAAGCGCACAAUUUGAAUUCGUUGACGUACGGAGGCGGUGAAGCUGGUGAUGCGACGAGGGCCAGAGGAUUUUUGUCGUAUUACGAAAUUUGCGAAAGGAUCAAAUACAAAGGAUGGCAAGUGGUUCGCGAUCGAAAAGGACGUAUGGGACCAUACGCUUACUCGAGAGAUCAGUGGGUGUCGUUCGAUGACGCAUACAUGAUACGGCACAAAAGCGAAUUUGUUAAAGCAAUGCGACUUGGUGGAGCCAUGAUAUGGGCGCUAGAUCUGGAUGACUUCCGUAAUGUGUGUGAAUGUGAAGAGUAUCCGCUGCUGCGAACGAUCAAUCGUGUAUUGAGAAACUACCCAGGACCUCAUCCGCGGUGUAAAUUGGAGACGUCAGAAAGUGAAAUUGCGACUGAAAGUCCGAAUUCCGCUGCAAUGACAUUAGCCGACAUUCCACAGACAUCGACUCGUCGACCUGCAUCGUCGAUGAGACCGGAUGUGACCAGACCGCAGAAACCAUCGAGGCCUACACGUCCAGUAAUACAACAAGACACAGAAAUGGAAGUCCUUUCGUGCAACGAUCGACAGUUUAGUGAACACUCCAGCGACUGCAACAAGUACUUCCAGUGUCAAUUUGGUAUCAUGAUGGAGCACAAUUGCCCUCCAGGACUGCAUUGGAAUGUGGAUCAUUGUGACUGGCCACAGAAUGCUAAUUGCCGUCUAACCGGCGAUGGGGCCAGUUCUGGUUCCAGACCAAUAACCAGACCAACAACGCAUAGACCGACAACGAUAACCACGACCCACACUUCGAUUAUUGAGAAACCGAUAGAUACGAUACCCGUCAUCCAUGACGAUCCGAAUGGAUUCAAAGUCGUUUGUUACUUCACCAAUUGGGCCUGGUAUCGACCGGGCGAUGGAAAGUAUACACCAGACGAUAUCGAUGAAUCUCUGUGCACGCAUAUCGUUUAUGGCUUUGCCGUACUCGAUCGAGAAACGAUGACCAUUCGAACGCAUGACUCUUGGGCGGAUAUCGAUAAUAGGUUCUACGAAAGAGUGGUUGCUCUUCGAGCGAAGGGAGUGCAUGUUACACUUGCUUUGGGUGGAUGGAAUGAUUCGUUAGGCGACAAAUACAGUAAUUUGGUGAGAAGUGCAGCCAAUCGGGCACGUUUCGUUAAACAGGCCAUCGAAUUUAUCGAAAAGUAUCACUUUGAAGGUCUGGAUCUUGAUUGGGAGUAUCCCGUAUGUUGGCAAGUCGAUUGUUCCAAAGGUUUCCCAGACGAGAAAGAAGGAUUUUCCAAUCUGGUCAAGGAAUUGUCCGAACAGUUUAAACCCCGAGGAUGGCUUUUAUCAGCCGCAGUUUCACCAUCAAAAAUGGUUAUUGAUGCUGGCUAUGACGUGCCAACACUUGCUCAUUACUUUGACUGGAUUGCUGUGAUGACGUACGAUUUCCACGGUAAUUGGGACAAGCAAACUGGUCACGUCGCUCCACUGUACUAUUAUCCUGGCGACACUUACGAUUACUUCAACGCCAACUUUUCCAUCAAUUACUGGAUACAAAAGGGUGCACCGUCCCGUAAAUUGGUUAUGGGUGUUCCGUUGUACGGUCAAUCAUUUUCGUUGGCUGAUUCCAACAAACGCGGCUUGAAUGAGAAAAGCUAUGGACCUGGCGAAGCUGGCGAGUUCACUCGAGCUGGGGGAUUUCUGUCAUACUAUGAGAUUUGUCAGCGAAUCAAUGCGGGCGGUUGGGAUGUUGUUCGUGAUCCAGCUGGACGUAUUGGACCGUAUGCUUCGAAAGGGUCACAAUGGGUGUCGUACGAUGACGUUGGUGAAGUGAGACGAAAGACAAAGUUCAUGAGAGACAUGAAUUUGGGCGGUGGCAUGGUGUGGGCAUUGGAUUUGGAUGAUUUUCGUGGUGUGUGUGGAUGCGGUAAGCAUCCAUUGCUACGAACAAUGAGUCAAGACCUUCGACAGUUGUCUGGUCAACGGGCUAGUGACUGUACAUGACGUGGACAUGUGUUGUGUUGUAUGAGAACGACAGGGAAUAAAAUUGUGAGUAAUUCAAAGAAAUGUUCGAUGGCUGUGGACUCUUUCCGACGGCCAAUAUAGUCAAUAAAUAUUUAUUUUGAAAAGAC